AUGGUCCAGGUGCCUCUGAACGGCUCUGCCGCACACUCUGUGCCCACAAACGGCGUGAACGGCCACACUAACGGCCACACGAACGGCGCCGCGAACGGCUCAGCACCGCAAGCACGCCCCGUGAACCCCUAUGCGCCGCGGGCGUCCGACUUCCUGAGCAACGUCUCAAAUUUCUCGAUUAUCGAGAGCACGCUCCGCGAGGGCGAGCAGUUCGCGAAUGCGUUCUUCGACACGAAGACCAAGAUCGCGAUCGCCAAGGCGCUCGACGCGUUCGGCGUCGAGUACAUCGAGCUCACGAGCCCCGCGGCGUCUGAGCAGUCAAGGCGGGAUUGCGAGGAGAUCUGCAAGCUCGGGCUCAAGGCGAAGAUCCUCACGCACAUCCGGUGUCAUAUGGACGAUGCGCGGAUAGCUGUCGAGACCGGCGUCGACGGCGUCGACGUGGUCAUCGGCACGUCGUCGUUCCUCCGCGAGUUCUCGCACGGGAAGGAUAUGGCGUACAUCACCAAGACCGCCAUCGAGGUCAUCAACUACGUUAAGAGCAAGGGCAUCGAGGUCCGAUUCUCCUCAGAAGACUCCUUCCGGUCCGACCUUGUCGACCUUCUCUCCAUCUACCAAACGGUCGACCGCAUUGGUGUCAACCGUGUCGGUAUUGCGGACACCGUCGGCUGCGCAAACCCCCGUCAGGUCUACGACCUCGUCCGCACCCUUCGCGGAGUUGUUUCGUGCGACAUCGAGGUCCACCUGCACAACGACACCGGUAUGGCGAUCGCGAACGCGUACUGCGCACUCGAGGCCGGUGCAACGCACAUCGACACGUCCGUGCUCGGUAUCGGCGAGCGUGUCGGCAUCACACCCCUCGGUGGCCUCGUCGCGUGCCUGUACGCAGCGAACCCCGAGUACGUGAAGGCCAAGUACAACCUGCCGAUGCUUCGCGAGAUUGAGAACCUGGUCGCGGAGGCGGUCGAGGUGAACGUGCCGUUCAUGAACCCCAUCACGGGCUACUGCGCGUUCACGCACAAGGCGGGCAUCCACGCCAAGGCGAUCCUGAAUAACCCGUCGACGUACGAGAUCCUGAAGCCCGAGGACUUCGGCCUUACGCGCUACGUCUCGAUCGGCCACAGGCUGACGGGCUGGAACGCGGUCAAGAGCCGUGUCGAGCAGCUCGGGCUUACGCUCACUGACGAGGAGGUUAAGGACGUCACCGCCAAGAUCAAGGAGCUCGCGGAUGUGCGCACGCAGUCGAUGGACGACGUGGACACGCUCCUGCGCGUGUACCACUCCGGGAUCCAGUCCGGAGAGCUCGCGGUCGGCCAGAAGGAGGCUCUCGACCGCCUCCUCAUCAAGCACCGUGAGGGCUCCGUCACCCGCUCCAGCUCCCCCUCACCCACCCGCGCGUAA